CUUGCUGUUAAAGAAACAUCGCGGCUGAAUAUGCCGUAUAGCGAGGAACAGAUUAAGGACAAAGUGACCGAGGGAUUGAAAGCUUUACACGUGG